CUGUCUCUCUCUUUGUGUGUGUGCUUGCUAUUGCAUGAUUGGAAUGCUAAUAAUAUUUAUUCUAUUCUUAGCUAACGUCAGAACACGCUAUCAUCACCUACAUUUACGUGAUCCGCAUGCUGGAGACAUCAGACCAAAGUCUUUGCGACGCCAACUGGCGCCUGGUUCUUUUAGCCGCCAUGCUACUUGCUGUCAAAGUCUGGGACGAUUGUGCCGUUUACAACUAUGACUUUGUUCAAAUAUUCCCCGAACUCGAUAUCCGAGUCAUUAAUAUGAUCGAGCGCCGCUUCAUGAUGGCCAUGAACUGGGAUGUGUCUUGCACGUGUUCUUAUUUCGCCAGAACCUACUUUGAUCUGCGCUCACUCGUCAGUACCAGAAUAACCCCACCUUAAAGCCAAACGUAGCUGUAGAGUAUAUACCCCCACCACCACAUCUUUCUUUUCACUUAUUAAUCGCUUUCUUUCACCUGUUGCCAUCUUCCUCACCAUCGCUUUGCUGUUAUUGUUCGCAUACAUGAUCAAAAAUAACCCCGUAACUACCCAAUAAUGUCCACUACUACCCUUAUAAUGCUCUUUAAUCAAUCACUUGCCUGUAAAUAUACUAAUAAUAAAUCAAUCACCAAAAG